UGUACUGAAUUCCCUUUUCAUACUCAGCAGUCAAUACAAUAGAGAGAAGAAGAUAAAUAGUGUGCCAUCAUCAUUCUCCUCUCAAGUCUCAAAAGGCAGGCAAAAUCUCAGCUGACCAUCUUCUGGCUCUGUUCGUAAGCUUUCAGAAAAACACUGAAGUUAUCAAGUUACCGUCUGCAGUAGAGCAGCCAUAACAAUGGCGGAUAUGAACGGCUCUCCAACGCCUGCCAGGCUCGAGGGGAAGUUGACUGCAAUUGUUGUGUGUUGGGUUCUUGGAUUGGGAACCCUUGUUGCUUGGAAUACUAUGCUGACCAUUGGAGACUAUUAUUAUGCAUUAUUCCCGCGGUAUCAUCCUGCAAGGGUACUUACCCUUGUUUAUGAACCAUUUGCACUUGGAACGAUUGCAAUACUUGCAUAUAAAGAAGCUAAGAUUGAUACAAGGAAGCGUAACUUGGCAGGGUUUACUCUUUUCUUCCUGAGCACAUUCGCCCUCCUAAUUCUGGAUUUAGCCACCUCAGGAAAAGGAGGAAUCGGAAAUUACAUUGGUAUAUGCAUCAUUGUUGCUGUUUUUGGCAUAGCAGAUGCCCAUAUUGAAGGUGGAAUGGUUGGAGAUCUCUCCCUCAUGUGUCCCGAGUUCAUCCAAUCAUUCUUUGCUGGUCUAGCUGCCUCUGGGGCUUUAACAUCUGCAUUAAGAAUGAUGACAAAAGCAGCCUUUGAUAAAACAAAUCAUGGUCUCCGCAAAGGCGUCAUUCUAUUUCUGGCCAUCUCCACAUUCAUUGAGCUUCUGUGUAUUUUCCUCUAUGCAUUCGUCUUUCCUAAACUACCUAUUGUGAAGCAUUUCCGUGCAAAAGCUGCAUCAGAAGGAUCAAAAACAGUUACUGCUGAUCUUGCAGCUGCUGGAAUCCAGACACAGGGUGAUAAUGAUGAUAAACAGUUGAACCGGCUGAGCAACAAACAGUUAUUUUUUCAAAACAUUGAUUACGCGUUGGGCGUGUUUCUUAUAUAUGUCCUCACUUUAUCUAUCUUCCCUGGAUUUUUGUACGAAAACACCGGGAAUCACAAAUUGGGAUCAUGGUAUGCUAUCGUUUUGAUUGCAAUGUACAAUGUGUGGGAUCUUAUCGCUAGAUAUAUUCCUCUAAUUGAAUGCCUCAAGAUAGAAUCAAGGAAAGGCCUUAUGGUGGCAAUACUAUGUCGUUUGGUGUUCAUCCCUGCAUUCUACUUCACUGCAAAAUAUGGUGAUCAAGGAUGGAUGAUAAUGCUCACAUCCUUAUUGGGAUUAACCAAUGGCUAUCUUACAGUCUGUGUCUUCACAGCAGCCCCUAAAGGUUACAAGGGUCCAGAGCAAAACGCAUUAGGGAACUUGCUAGUACUAUUCCUUCUUGGAGGCAUAUUUGCAGGUGUAGCCCUGGAUUGGUUGUGGCUUAUUGGCAAUGGAAGUUUCUGAAGGUGCAACACUUGUAUUCAUCCCUGCAUUCGAAGUGACACUUCCCAAUUUCGAAUAAUGAUGCAUACGAUACUGAGAUAGGAAGUGGAAUGAAGAUAGUCGAUUGUUACCAAAUGUUAGAUGAUAGAUGUUUUAUUUAUAGAAUCUGUUGUUCAAGGUUUUGGAAAGGCAUCAUUUCUUUUCGUCACAUGGUUGAAUUCUUGAAAAAAAAAAAAACCCUGAUAGUUAGUACAUUGAUAAAUAUAUUUUACCAAUG